AUGGAAGACAAAUUGGCCGCCAUCGCUUCCCUAGCACAAAAAGACAAGGCCCCUGCUCUCAGUUCUUUACUACAAGGGAUCCUUUCCUCGCAGAAUCAGCUUUCAUUCACCACAGAUUUACAUACUUUCGUGGAAUUUGUGGUCAAUCAAGACAAUCUGCUUAUUGGCCGGCAAAUCUUGACUGAUGUAGUCAAAGCCUUGACUCAUGACAGUAUCAGAAACCAUGACCUGCGGAAGAACGCUGUUGAGGACACCCUAGCAGUUGUUUUGCCUAAGAUUGUGAGUUACGAAGAGCAAGUCAUUGCACUUCGUUUUCAACUAGCUGAUCUUCUAGAGGAAGAAGAAGAAUGGAGUUCUGCGGCGCACGUUUUGAUGAGUGUAUACAACGAGAGUGGCCAAAGAUCAUUCACAGACAGCGAUAGGCUUCGUGGAUACGUUCGCAUCGUGCGCCUUCUGCUUGAAGAAGAAGAUUCAGUGCAGGCGGAAACAUACUUCAAUCGGGCGCAAUUAGUCGUGCACUCGACAAACGAUAAGGAAACCCUUCUUCAGUUCAAGUUGUGCCAAGCAAGAAUCAGCGAUUACGGCCGCAAGUUUUUGGAAGCUGCCAGCCGUUAUCAUGAAUUGAGUUAUGUGGGAGAGAUUGACGAGGACGAAAGACGACAGAUGCUAGUGGCAGCAGUGACGUGUGCUGUACUUGCGCCUGCAGGCCCCAACCGCUCUCGAGUUUUGGCAUCACUGUAUCGCGAUGAGCGUACCUCCGAUCUACCUACAUAUAACAUCCUGUCCAAAAUGUUCCUCGAUCACAUCCUUCGCCCUACCGAAGUCAAAGAAUUUGAGGGUACUCUGAAACCGCACCAACUUGCCAAAAUUGCCAUAUCAUCAAACGACCGUCUAGCUUCUUCAAGUCACGACAAUGCUGAUGACACGACGACAAAUAGCCGUACUGGCCCGUCGACAGUUUUAGAUCGCGCUGUGAUGGAGCACAAUGUACUGGCAAGUUCAAAAGUAUACAAUAAUAUUACUUUCCGAGGUUUGGGUGCAUUACUUGAUCUUACACCCGGGGCCGCCGAGAAUAUGGCUCGAAAGAUGAUAGAACAGGGACGGCUACGUGGAUCUAUUGACCAGGUCGAUAAACUCAUUUGGUUCGAGGGCAACCGUGAGGAGGAUGAUGCCCAAGGGAAAGCAGGGGGUCUCGGAGAUGUGGAGGAAGCGGAGGACACUGGCGCCCCUUUUACGAAACGAUGGGACACGCAGAUACGUCUCACGGCAGCAAACGUUGAGUCCAUUGUGCAACACUUGACAGACAAAGGCCUUGUCAGGAUUCAAGUGGCCUGA